UUUAGUGUAGAGAAUAAUAAACUUGGCAAAAUUAAUACAACAUCUUUAUAGUUAAAAUAAGGUAUCUGUAUGUUUAUUUCUCUGUUCAUAGUCUAGUCGUCUCUGUAGUGCACAUCCAGAGAUGCUUCUGGUUUGUGUGUCCCUGUUGACUGGCUCUGAGCACUACACGAUGAUGAAGGAUUAUAGUAGGUUAAUCUGCUUUCCCGCCAUCUGCCUGCUCCACACAAAUUAAACCUGAAGGCAAAGCCACACUCACAAAUGUUGAUGAAGGUAAAUUGGCAGGUGUUUCAUUUUGUGAUCCGCACAGAUGCUCUUCUGCAGAAAAGUAAUAUGAAAACGCGUAUGUGUAAAGAUAAUGUAGCAAAUUUACUUACUGAAGUUUGAAUCUCUCGAUUUUCAAUCAAAACAUAUUUAUACAGCUUUAUCUCCUUGAUUGACACAUAAAGUUGUAAAUGUAAAAAUGGAUGAACACAAAUUAAAAAUGUAUUCAUUAAUAAAAAUGUCCAAAAACACAAUGACUGUAAAUAAUAAAACACUUAAUGUUUACAUAUUACGGUAUGCCUCGAUGACUGAGUGUGGUAUUUUUAUCCUCUUUACUAAAUUACAAAUUUCUAUAUGAAGUAUAAAAUUAGUACUGUAUAAAAUUCAAAAUGGUGAUUUGAGUCUUACAUAGAGACUUAUUAAUAAUGCUUUGUUCACUAGUCUGUAACAAAUUCGUUCAUUAGAGAUAAAAUUGAUGAAGUAUUUAAGUUAAAUCAAACACUGUAACUCAUAAAAUACAUGUUUAUGUCAUAUAUGUUUGUUAUGAACCUCUUGUGAGCUCUGUUUUACUGGAAAAGACGCAAACACUGGGUUGUAAGAAUGUUCUGAGGGUUAAGUCGUGUCAUUGGAUUAGGCACUUAGCACCUGCUUUAACUCUCAUCCAUUUGCAAUAAACAGAAGGACCCUACUGUAGAUUUCUUCACUAGUGCAUGAUCUGGACUGCAUUUCUUUAAUAGGAUGAAGAAUACUAUGGAAAUACUAUUUUCAUUAUUUCUUCUGCUAAUAUACUUCUGCUUUGCAAAGAGUGAUUACGCACCCUAUUUCUAUGAUAAUGGGCCAAACAGUAACAACGGUAAUAUGGCAUUGUUUAGUCUUUCAGAAGAUACAUUAAAAGGAACACAAAUUUAUGUUCUUAAUGGAAGUGACCCAGAAGGUCAGCCGGUAAAAUAUGGGCUGACCUUUGAACCAGGAUCCAAAGAAUAUUUUCGUGUUCAUCCUAAAUCAGGAGCAGUAACUCUGAUAGAGGAGCUGGACAGAGAGGCACAAGAUGAAAUUGAGGUGUUUGUCAGUAUCUCAGAUGGCCUUAAUAAAGUUGUUGAAAAGGUUACAGUUUUUGUGAUGGAUGUCAAUGAUGAGAGACCACAGUUUCAGAAUAUGCCCUCCAUCGUGGAUGUGCCAGAGAACACAACGUCUGGGAGCAGCAUUUAUAAAUUUUUGGCAGUGGACCGGGACACAGGCUCAGGGGGAUCGGUCUCUUACUUCCUUCAGGGCACUGAAGCCGGCACAAAGUUUGCGAUUGACCACAACAGUGGCGUGCUAAGAAUAAAACCUGGAGAAGUGCUUGACUAUGAAAAAUCACGUACACAUUUCAUCACUGUAGUGGCAAAGGACGGGGGUGGCAAUCACCAGGGAAAACAAAUAAUGAUGACAUCAUCUGCCACUUUAACAAUAAAUGUGAUUGAUAUUCAAGACACUUCCCCUAUGUUUGUUGGCACACCUUACUUUUGUUAUGUCUACGAAGUCUCAUCACCUGGCUCUGAGAUAUGUACAGUUUUUGCGAAAGAUGGAGACAUGGAAAAUCCAAAUCCAAUCAUUUAUUCAGUAGACUCUGGAGCAGAUGGAGCUUUUAGCAUGAAUAAAACCACUGGCUGUAUCACUCUGAAAGUGUACCCAACCCAACUGAAGAAGGAACUCUUCAAUAUAAAAAUCAAGGCAUCAGAGGUUAAUCCCAACGGAGAAAUAAUAGAUUAUGCCGUUACCACAGCAACCAUCCGGGUAGUGGACCUGAACAACCAUCCACCCACUUUUUACGGAGAGAAUGGGCCACAAAACACGUUUGAGUUAACAAUGUAUGAACAUCCUCCAGAGGGAGAGAUUCUGAGAGGCUUAAAAAUCACAGUCAAUGACUCAGAUCAGGGAUCAAAUGCAAAAUUUCACCUUAGACUGGUGGGCCCAGGUCGGAUGUUACGAGUGGUCCCUCAAACUGUCCUGAAUGAAGCUCAGGUCACUGUCCUAGUAGAAGAUUCUGCUUCUAUAGACUAUGAGAAAUCACAAUUCCUGACAUUUAAGCUCCUUGCUGUAGAGAUUGACACACCCGAGAGAUUCAGUGCUACUGCAGAUAUAAUAAUUCAUCUACUAGACACCAACGAUAAUGCUCCAAAAUUCACUUCGGAUUUUUACAUUGCUCGGAUUCCAGAGAAUUCACCUGGAGGCUCCAAUGUCGUGUCUGUGACAGCCACAGAUCCUGAUUCUGGUCUUUGGGGAUUGGUCAGAUACUCCAUCUAUGGCUCAGGUGCAGACCUGUUUCUCAUUCAACCUGAUUCUGGAAUCAUCUACACUCAGCCCUGGGCCAGUCUGGACGCUGAGGUUAAAUCCAAAUAUAACUUCUAUGUGAAGGCUGAAGACACAGAGGGAAAAUACAGUCUUGCCGAAGUAUUUGUUACCAUUCUGGACCUCAAUGAUCAUUCGCCAGCAUUUAAUGAAAACUCUCUGGAGAAGACAAUGAUUAUUGGUGCACCGGUGAAAAUAGAGGCAGUCGAUGAAGAUGCAGAGGAGCCGAACAAUGUAAUUGAAUACUCCAUCAUGAAAGCCGACCCAGACAAUAUAUUUGACAUUGAUGCAGACACAGGAGAAAUAAAGCUAAAGCCCUACAUUAAGUCAAUGGACAUAGUCCAAAACAUCACUAACCAAAGAGACUGUACCUGGUCUGUAGUAGUUCAAGCCAAAGACAGAGGUUCUCCAUCCUUUAGCACCACCACUAUAGUGAAGAUUGACAUCACAGAAGCGACUCAACUCAGAGGACCUUUGGCGUCCUUUUUAAUGAAAAGUAGGGAAAAUCCAAUGCAGAUCCUAGGCUUGAUUGGGGGUGUCAUUGUAAUCGUGAUUUUUGUGACCAUCUUGAUCUCUACCAUUAUAUACAUAAGAAACACAAAGUCCAACAAGAUCCUGCCCUCCCGACGCAUCAUAAGGAGGAAACGUAGACCUCGGAGACAAGAGAACUUUCAACAACCAUUUACAGAGGAAAAUCAUGGAGACGAGGGAGAUAACGUUAACUUCAACAAUAACCUCAGUGUGUGUAAACAUCGAGCCCCACCGUCACCUCCUAAUGCCCCUGAUCUUCCCCCGCCCUUGCCAAGUCACUACAGGAACAGUAAGAGGGAUUGGACAGUACCCACCGUUUCCGCCUCUGUGGCCUCCAAGACGAAGAAAAAGUCUUUUAGGGGUAAAGACAACCCUGUCAACACCGCACUGGUUUCUGAGCUCAAACUGAGACUGGAACAGAAAAAUAUGGCCAACCGAUACUGAUUAUCUUUGUAAAGAAUGUACUACAGAAGAAUUGUCCAUUUGCUAAUAUCCAGUCAUGUUUCUUCUGAGCAAGAAGAUUUGCUGAAGGGAUGAAUCAUUACAAGGACAAGACCUCAACAUCUAUUGACCUCUUCUGCCAACUCUGCAAGCUGCUUACUGAAUCUUUUCUAAUGUAUACGGACUUAUUCGGGGAUAUAGGCUGAACCUAAUGGAUAGUGAAAGAGAAGCUAAAACCCAGCUAAUCAGUAUGCUGUGUACUGCCCUCUUAUGGUGGAAAACAAUCAUUGGUUCACACCCUCUUGUACGAUGUACAAUUCUCCAUUUUAGGUUACUUUAGACGUUUUUAUACAUGGAUGUGUAACAUACUGGUUUGUCAUAAAAUCAAACACAAAAAGGGACCAACGCUGAAAAUUAAAUAUGCCUGUUUAUAAUCAUUUUCAUUUACUCACUCACUGUAUGGAUUUUUUUUUUUUUUAAGGCCGUGAAUGUAUCCAAUGUGGAUCUCAUACAGUAUCUUAUAUUUCUUCAAUGAAAUAACUUUUAAAAUGCCAAAUUAUUUAUAAACAUUUGCUGUUUUAUAUGAAUAUUUUAUUAGACAGUCUUUUAACUGUUCAGUCUAAUAUUUUACUCUUAAACGUCCCAAGCAUAUCUAGUAGACUUAAUAUCUAAACUAAAGCUUUGUUCACUGGUUGACAACAAUCGUUUCAGUAUUAAAGGAUUAGUCCAUUUUCUUAAAA